AUGGGCAAGCUGGAAACCGUUCCUGAACAUAUAAACUUCUCAGAAGAGGAAGUGAAAACAUUAAAUAGAUGGCGCGAACAAGAAACGUUCAAAAAAUCACUGGAAAUGAGUAAGAAUCGUCCGCAUUACACCUUCUACGAUGGACCACCGUUUGCCACGGGAUUGCCGCAUUAUGGUCACUUACUCGCGGGCACAAUCAAGGAUGUUGUAACCAGAUGGGCGCAUCAGAAUGGUUAUUAUGUGGAAAGACGAUUUGGCUGGGAUACACACGGUCUUCCGGUGGAAUUCGAAGUUGACAAAAUGCUUGGCAUUCGUGGUCCAAGUGAUGUCCUNCUUUAUCCGUGGUUCAUGGAGAGUGUAUGGUGGGCAUUUAGUCAACUCGUCAAAAAAGGACUUGUUUAUCGAGGUGUUAAGGUUCCAUUUAUGAUUCAUCUGGUGAUGCCGUUCUCAACCAGUUGCUCGACGCCUUUGUCAAACUUCGAAGCUGGGCAAAACUAUAAGGAUGUUGUUGAUCCAGCUGUUGUUGUUGGUUUCACAUUGGACGAAGAUCCAUCAGUUCAACUGGCCGCAUGGACAACCACACCAUGGACAUUACCAAGUAAUUUAUGCAUCGCUGUUCAUCCCGACCUUGAAUAUGUGACUGUUAAAGAUAAAUCAACACAAAAGAAAUAUAUAAUCAUGGAAGAGAAUACAGAAGCAUACGAAAUAUUGGAUCGCUUCAAAGGUGAAGCGCUGAGGGGUAAAACCUAUCAACCGCUCUUUCCUUACUUCAGUGACUUAAAGCAAAAACUCGGCGCAUUCCGAGUACUCAUAGCUAAUUUUGUGACAACCGAUCAAGGCACUGGCGUCGUACAUCAAGCACCGUAUUUUGGAGAGAUCGAUUUCCAAACAUGUUUGGAGAAUGGAGUCAUAACUCGUGAUAUGAAACCAGUAUGUCCGGUAGAUGAGUGUGGUAAAUUCAAAGAGGAAGUGAGUGAUUUCAAGGGAAUGUACGUGAAGGACGCAGAUAAACUCAUUUGUAGAUAUCUGAAGGAACACGGUAACUUGGUGAAGCACGGUGAAGUAAAGCAUAGUUAUCCGUUCUGUUGGCGUUCUGACACACCACUUUUGUAUAUGGCCGUUCCAUCAUGGUUUAUUCGAGUGGAAUCUAUCAUACCGCAGCUUCUUCAAAAUAACGACAAGACCUAUUGGGUUCCAUCGUUCGUGAAGGAGAAGCGUUUCGGUAAUUGGCUUCGUGAUGCUCGUGAUUGGGCCGUUUCACGUAAUCGUUUCUGGGGUACACCGAUCAAUCUUUGGAUUAGUGACGACCUCGAGGAGAUGGUUUCGCCGUCGUCGAUCGCCGAGCUUGAGGCACUCACUGGCCAGAAGAUCACUGACCUACAUCGUGAAAGUGUCGAUCAUUUGACAAUACCAUCGAAAACUGGCAGAGGUGACUUGCAUCGUGUAUCUGAAGUGUUUGAUUGCUGGUUCGAAUCCGGUUCAAUGCCCUACGCCCAGAAUCAUUAUCCAUUCGAGAAUCGCAAGCAAUUUGAGGAUAAUUUUCCGGCUGAUUUCAUUGCUGAAGGUAUCGAUCAAACACGCGGUUGGUUCUACACUUUGUUGGUGCUGUCAACUGCACUCUUCAAUCGUCCACCAUUCAAAAACCUCAUUUGCAAUGGGCUCAUUCUGGCAUCUGAUGGUUCGAAGAUGUCGAAACGAAAGAAGAACUAUCCGGAUCCGAUGGAGAUAGUCGGUAAGUAUGGUGCGGAUGCAUUGCGGGUUUAUUUGGUUAAUUCGCCGGUAGUGAGAGGUGAGAAUUUGCGCUUCCGUGAAGAGGGCGUUCGAGAUGUUCUCAAGGACGUUUUGCUUCCUUGGUACAACGCGUAUCGUUUCUUUGUUCAAAAUGUACAACUGUUUGAACAUGAUUUUGGUCGAGAAUUUACGAUUGUGGAAAGUGAAUCGACGAAUGUGAUGGAUUGUUGGAUAAUCUCCUUCUCGAACAGUUUGGUGUCAUUCGUACGACAAGAAAUGGAAAAGUAUCGUUUGUAUGCGGUGGUGUCUCCGCUAACAAAAUUCUUCGAUACACUCACGAAUUGCUACAUCAGGUUGAACCGAAAACGCAUCAAGGGAAACGGAGAUGAAGAUGAUCGUGCCCACGCUCUGUCCACGUUAGGUCGUGUUCUGCUUCUUACAGUUCGUUUGAUGUCUCCGUUGACACCGUUCUUUUGUGACCUUUUAUGGCAAAAUCUUCGUCAUAUCGUCGCGUCGCCUUCAGAAUCGGUUCACUUCGAAAUGAUACCACAACCGAAAUCGGAGCUGAUCGAUGAAUCAGUGGAAAGACGUGUGGCUGCAAUGCGAGCUGUGGUGGAUUUGGUUCGUGUAUUGAGAGAACGCAAGGCAAUCCCUGUUAAAGUGAGUGCAUUUGGUAGUUGUUCAUUUCAUUUCGUGUUGUCAGUUUUGAUCGAAAGCCAAAUUACACACCUUUUGCAUUCGUUGCUCUUUUGCUUUCAGUAUCCUCUGAAGGAAAUGGUCGUGAUCAAUCGUGACAGUCAAUUCCUCGACGAUUUGGUCUCACUGGAGAACUAUAUACUGUUGGAGUUGAACAUUCGCAAAAUGACUGUAUCACAAGACAAAGCUAAAUAUGGUGUUCAAUUGAAGGCUGAACCAAAUUUCCGUUUGUUAGGUGCGCGUCUCAAAGGUGAUCAAAAGAAAGUGGUCGAUUAUCUAAAGAAUAAAGUAAGUGAAGAAGAGUUGACGACGUUCUUGGAGCAGGGCACAUUGAAUGUUCUUGGAUACGAUUUAACUGCUGAAGAAGUUACAGUUUCGUAUUGUGCCUCUGAAGAUACGUCGACGAAUGGAGGACAUUUUGAAACAAAUUCUGAUAAUCAGACUAUCGUAAUGUUAGAUACGUCGGAAGAUGAAUCACUCAAGGAAGAAGGUUUGGUACGUGAAGUUACAAAUCGUAUACAAAAACUUCGUAAAAGUGCAAAGCUGAUGUCAACAGAUGAGGCAAUCGUUUACUGUAAGUUGACGCCUGCAACACAUCAGCUGGCCAGAGUGAUCGAAGCUAACGCUGAAAGUAUUCAUGAUUCAACCGGAACGGUCAUACAUUUGACACAAGUGCCUAGUGACCAGACAGUAUGUGCUACAUCUGAAAGCAGUGUGAAAGAUGCGAAAGUUGAGGUGAGAAGAUUGAUUCAUUCAACAGUUUGUUUGAUUUUUCACAUGCGUUCAUUCUAA